CACACACACACACACACACACACACACACACACACACACACACACACACACACACACACACACACACACACACACACACACACAGUUCCUCCCUUGUCGGGGUAAAUCUGCAGUAGUGGGGGGUUGACAGCCCGUUGCUAUCAUUUUAGAGGUGAGCGUGUGUCCGGACCAAAGACAUGGCUCUGCUAAUGGAGCACCAGUUCAGGCAGCUGCCAGCUGACAGACAGGUGGAAACAAGACCUUUUCUGGAGGCAGUGUCAUACCUUCCACCAUUCUUUGACUGCCUUGGUUCUACCAUUUUUGCACCAGUCAAAGCCGACAUAUCUGGCAACAUCACAAAAAUCAAGGCAGUUUAUGACACCAACCCAGGACGGUUCAAGACGCUUCAACAGAUCCUGGAGGCAGAGAAGGAAAUGCACGGAGGAGAGUGGCCCAAAGUUGGAGCAACGCUGGCUCUGAUGUGGCUCAAAAGGGGCCUGAGAUUUAUUCAGGUUUUUCUCCAAAGCCUGGUGGACGGGGAAAAGGACGACAGCAACCCAAACCUCAUUCGAGUCAACAUCACCAAAGCCUAUGAAAUCGCCCUGAAACGGUACCACGGCUGGUUGGUGCAACAGCUUUUCAAGGCAGCACUCUUUGCGGCGCCGUACAAGUCCGACUUCCUGAAGGCCCUGUCCAAGGGCCGGGACGUGAAGGACGAGGAAUGCUUGGAGAAGAUCCGCAAAUUCCUCAUCAACUUCUCUGCCACUGUUGAUGCUAUUUAUGAGAUGUUCAGUAAGAUGAACGCGGAUCUUGACUACACAGUGUGACCGUUCCUGUCAUUUGUUCUUGUCGACUCCCCCUCAGGUCACCUGACCGACAGCCGUCAGACCCAUCAAACGUUUGUGCACCAUUAAUCUGCAUGUUUAAACUCUUUACUUAUACUCAAAAGUCACAAAUAAGUGAAGGUUACACAAGGUGAAGUGCUACUUCCAUUAAUAUUUUUUAAAACAUAAAAGCUAAAGAGUGAAUGUUGAUUUAAUGAACAGUAUCACUUUACAUACAAGAUAGAAUUUUAACAUAUUCCUGUUUAAAUUAUAAAAAACAAGUCUCAAAUUGAAUCUGAUCCUGUAGUCUAAUCAUUUACCUAUAUUGUUUAGCACAUCUGUUUAUGCCUUAAGCUGUAGGUAUGACUCACUGGAGCAGCUCUUCUGCCUUUUAUCAAAUAUAUUUUUUCUACAUGUCAUGUUGUGUAAACUUUGCAGGCCAGAUCAAAUGCUAAUUAUUAUUACUAAAGGUCUGAUUUGUUUCUUUUUGUUUAUGCAAAUUUUUGGAUAUGUUUCUAUGUAAAUGUGUUUCCACACAGUGUAAUUGUUGUGUUCUUCAGUCCACUUUGCUCUCAGGUGCUUUUAAACCUUAAUGUUCAGAAAACAAAGUGUUGCAUUACAGUGUUUUGCCUUAAAGGCUGUAACUUUUUAGAUGAUUUUAGAUUGAAGGGUAACUACAUGGCUGAUGUUUACUGUAAAGGCUAAAAUAUUAUAGCAAUAUAUGGUGAUUACUAUACUGUUUCAGUGCACAGAUCGAAUUGUCUGAUUUCUGGCUUAACCUGUGUUAUAGUGUUUGUAAAAUAUAAAAUCUGUUUCCAUAAAAAAAUGCAACACCG